GAAAAUUUACCGUGCGUAAGCUACGAGAAGAUUAAAAGGUUGCAUCUUUCUAAAUACCUGAUGUAGUUCCUCCGUAUUUGUGCGAUUUCCAACCUCUUCUCAUCUUGGAUUUCAAUUCCAGAAAGAAUUUUGCCCGCAACGAGCGGGGUCAAAAACCAGUCAGUCUGAAUGGGAUGGAUGGUUCGCGUUGCGAGAGCAGGGAUGCAGGUCGUAUUUUUGUGAUUCGGAAUAUCUGCAGCCCCCAAUGGACAUUCAAUGACCCCCAACCCUGAGCAACACGCUUUCCCCAUCUCGGUUCCCCGAAAAUUCGCACCAGAGGCCUGAAUCCCAACAUGUUUCGGAGAACCACAGACAAGACAGAUGGUCGGGCGCUGCCUCGAGCUUGAAGGAAAAGUCUUUUCAAGAGGUUCUCUCUCGUCUCCUCAUCUUAGGUGAUGAGAUUAUGAGGAUAAGCCGAUGGCGUGAUUGAACGCAAGGGGACGACGGGACAUGAGGGACAUGGGGGAUAUGGCCAGAGCGUAUCGAAAACAUUCCCGAGGAGAACUAAUUCCCAUAUCCAAAAAGAAAAUAUAUGGGCUAUGAUGAUGAUCUGUGUAUAUGAUGAUCUGCGCAAGAUUUUGGACGGGAAGCUUAUUAAGCACCCGUAAAACAGUGGAGAUCUGUACAAAAAGAACGAGUAACUACAGUACACACGGCCGCACUCAACAGGCCCUAAGGAUCUUCAUUAGUUAUCGCGGGAGUCCGACCCUUCUUUUGCAAAUAUGCCGCCAGAUCAGAGCUGAUGUCUUCGUCAGUAGUUACGGGUUUGAUUAACUACCCCUAACUUACUAUUUCAAGUUCAUGUUAGAGUCUCGCAAUCUCCAAUCUCAUACGCGUUUCCUCGCUCGCGCGAUCAUUUUUAAUCUUAGUUAUCUGACAUCUUGGUACCGAUCGUAUCGUCAGGUUUGAAUGCCGCAAACGAUUUCGAUUUCAACUUUCGAUUUGGUCGCGGGUGUUCGCAACCUUGCUUCCUUGCACUUCUGGAAAUCGGGUGCUUUGCCCGAUCGCAAAUUGACCAGGAGGUUUAAAUAGUAAGACGUCUAAGCACAUAAUAAGACGCGGCGACGCAAUUGGCACGUUAAUCAGCGGUUAAAAGGGCUUCAUAACCUGUAGGAGUAGAAAGAUCAACGCUACUGGCAUUGUUCACUUACCUAGCUAGCAAGGUGCUCGCUCUAUUGCGUCUCCGUUGUGUUGUCCUUACAGGCGCAAACACAAACUAGAAAUGGGAUUGAAGCUCGAUCAUGGAAUAAUAUUAAAGAAGAUAACGGUGAAAUAAAUAUAGCAUUCAUAUUUAUAGUCAAUGCCUCCUACGAUUGAUUGAAGUCUUUGGAGUCUGAGUUCUUAUGUUUUAAGUCCUAAUUCUGUACACUCUGGAGACCAAAUCAUAGAGAACAGAGCGUUUAGCUUGUCUCGGUUGACUUCUUUUAACUAACGCCCGCCUGUAAGGUUCCCGUUCGAAUUGUUUUGCCACAGCUGAAGAUGAGAGAGAGCAAUGAGAUAGAGCUUCCCCUAGGAGGAACUUCUUCUCAGUUAUUCUACUACGCCGAGUAGGUAAUCUGGUAUAUGACUGAUCGAGAUGUGAUCCAGCUCAUGUCCUGCGUCUGCUUGUCCAAGGUUUUGCCUCUCACGACUCAGCCAGCGCUGGUGGACUUUGGAAGAAUUGUUCGUGUCCCAUGGCUCAAUUUCUACCGCAGCGGAGUUUAUUGCCAACAACCAUGACUUGCUUCAUUAUUAUUAUUUAUUCGAAACAAACGGCAUUAUAUUAAAUAGAUUCACGAGGUGGCAAGCCUAUGACGAUAUAAUCGAUUUGCAUUAAUGCAGACUUCUAGCCUAGCCUACGAGCCAUAGCUGCACAAGAUCCACUAAAGCCCGAGCGAAUGAAUGCCCGAGAGUGAUCCCCGACGCGUUGCCUGCAAUAUAUAUAUAUAUAUAUAUAUAUGUGCCAGGAGUUUCCCCCGCAACCAACCAACACAUUUCAUUGAAGAAAUGACGGCCAAUUUUUGAGCUCAUCAUCGAUUGAUAUAAUAAGACCAAAGGGCAAAGAUGUUCACCCCCGUCGAUACCGCUCUUGGAGCUGUCCUUCUCCACCAAGGAUCUUCAGGAUUGCUACAGCAUAAUGGCCGGAUUUUUGGCAUUUCGUCUCUCCUCUCAGGGUCCGUUGUGAAACCCAGCCGUGAUAAUCUGCCGAUCAUAGGAGGGUUGGUGUCGAGCAUCAUCCCAAUUUAUUACUUCGCGCCCUCUAUACUCCCAGCAUAUCCCCCUCUAGGAGCUACAUGGGAAGCUGCUCUGGCCACUCUCACAACGGGCUUCGCAGUAGGGUGGGGCACAAAGAAUGAAAGCGGAUGCACCUCCGGCCACAUGCUCUGCGGUCUAUCCAGGCUCUCUCCCCGGUCCGCAAUCGCAACCAGCGUAUUCUUCAUCACCGCCCUGAUCACCUCAAACCUUCGAAAUACCAUCCCCGCCUGCCCGGGUGGCCAGCCAUGUUAUUUGCCCUCGUACCCAACACCUGAGCGGACUGCAUUCAUGCUUGGAGCAGUCCUGCUUGCCCAGUUUACGAACUCCAUCAUCGUCCCUCGUCUGCCAAAAUCCAAAAACUCCACGACUAUGUACAACUACAUCGCCGGCCUCCAAUUCGGCCUAGGUCUCCUCAUCAGCGGCAUGGCUAAUCCAGCAAAAGUCCUCGGCUUCUUCAGCUGGUUUGACUGGUCUAAGUUCGACCCGUCCCUGUGUCUGGUCAAGUUGUUCGCCGUGGUGCCCAACCUCAUCUCGUACAUGAAGCUAAGAACCGAGUAUGGAGAUGAAAAGGGGAAGAAGCCACCGACGCUGGCGGAGAAGUUUCAACUACCCACGGCGACGCUGGCGGAUAUUGACUGGCGAUUUAUUGCAGGCGGCAUCGCAUUCGGGGUUGGGUGGGGGUUGAAAGGUGUAUGCCCUGGACCCGGUUUGCUCAGGACCGUGCUGCAGCCUAAAUGGGGCCUGUUCUGGAUGGGAGGAUAUAUGCUGGGCGCGCUGUCGGGCUUGUAAAUUACUGUUCUAUGUUCCUGAGGGAGGACCACAGAUAGCUGACCAAUCAGAGCUUGUUUUUCUCGUUGCAUAUAAAUAUCGCAAGUUUGCGACCCAUUUUAUUUGCUUCCUUCGGCAAAGGGGCUGUGACUUGGAAGUUAAGGUAGUCCAAAAUUAAAAUAUUAUUUCCUAGCGUGGGUGCAUGCAAGCAGUAACUAAAACUCAAUUGAACAUGUUAAUCUGGGCGGCUUUAAGUAUUGCUUCCCAGAGAUGUCUUGAGAGUUGAACUUUUCAAAUCAAUUUCUCACAUUACAUAAAUUCGACGAUGAGGAAUUAAGAAUGCAGAACACCUAAUAUGAUGAUGUAGCGGAUUUCAGGUCAUACAAUUUCAAGAAUCGAUACUUCAAAAGUCGAAAUCCGCCCAUACAAUCUCUAUCAAAAGGAAAUAGGAUUCCUGUGUCAUGCCUAUUCUAGAAUAAAAAGUAU